UAAAGGUCUUUUCCCACCUAGGUGAUUCUGUGGCUGUGGUUUAGGGAGAGGGUGCUGGGAGAGCAGGAGGGAGCCAUGUACACCACCAAGCUCUUCACCCUGGUCCUGGUGGUACAGCCGCAGCGCGUCCUCCUGGGCCUGAAGAAACGCGGGUUCGGAGCCGGGCUGUGGAAUGGCUUCGGUGGGAAGGUGCAGCCAGGGGAGAGCAUCGAAGAGGCUGCUCGGAGCUGCAGGAAGAUGAGCGUUGGUGUAGCUCAGCAGCUACCCAACAGCUUUUUCCCUGAGCCAUCUGUGCCAGUACAACCUCCUGGGUUCUGUGAAGUCUGUUUCUUGUGCAGGGAGCUCCUGGAGGAGAGUGGACUGACUGUGAACACCUUGCAGAAGAUGGGUCAGAUCACAUUUGAAUUUGUGGGCAACUCCGAACUCAUGGAGGUCCACGUUUUCCGAGCAGAUGAUUUUCAUGGAGAGCCAACAGAAAGCGACGAAAUGCGUCCCCAGUGGUUUCAGCUGGAUGAGGUGCCGUUCAGUCGCAUGUGGGCAGACGAUAUCUACUGGUUUCCCCUUGUGCUUCAGAAGAAGUUGUUUCGGGGCUAUUUUAAGUUCCAGGGACAAGACACAAUCCUGGAGCACACCCUGAAAGAAGUGGAGGAAGUUUAAGAAAACAGAAGCAGUGAACACACGUGCUGCUGCCCACAUUGGGCUAGAACACCACGAGUACUACUUCCAAGGGUCUUCUUUCUCAGCUCUCCAGCAGAGGCCGAUGUGUCAGGUCACUGGGAAGUAACCAGGAAAAUAAGGGGGUUUCUUACAGUCGAAAUAAAAGUAAUGAGGUUGUCCAUGCUGUGAAGUCCCUGGCUGUGUUACAUACACUUCAGCCAGGGUUAUGUGAUCACAGCUAUUAAAAACGUAGUGUUAACUCUUUCCUGCGCAGGUGAAUAAUGUUUUAGGCUUUCCCCUCAUGGCUGUAGAUGUUUUUUUUUAAAGAUUAAAGCUAUUUUUUAGUAAAA